AUGUCUUCUGAACUGCAAUCCGAUGCCUCCUUACCUGCUCCUAGAGAGAUAGACAGUGCAGUUAACGUAAAUCAGGCUGUUAUGAAGCAACUGUACAGCCAGAUGAUGGAACAAUCAGACCUCUGUGACAUAACAGUGUCGUUUGGAGAAGGGAGCAUGAAAGCCCACUUGUGUGUGUUGGUACAUAGCCCUUACUUUCAGUCCAUGUACAACAGUGGUCUAAAGGAAAGACAACAAGGAGAAGUUUACAUAGGCAUUGGCAAACCAAAGUUUGUGAAGAUGGCCCUGAUUUACCUUUACACAGGCAAAGUCGCUAUUGAGUAUUCCACCAUCAAGGAUUUGCUUGAAGUAGCUGAUUACCUUCAGAUAGACAGUCUUAAGGAAGACUGUAGCAGAUAUCUUCGCGAUGUUAAGCUGACUGUUGCGAACUGCGUCCCAUUGUGUCUAAUGUCUAGUUUGUACAAUAUUGAGUAUUACUCGGAUGUGUUCAAUUUCAUAAGAGCCCAUUUAUCUGACGUUAUAAACCAACAAGAAGCUUUGAAGAUGUCUCCAGCCUCAGUAACGUCUUUACUUGCUGAUCCAACCCUUAGCUAUGUUCCAAGAGAGGACUUGUUCAACUUCCUAUUCAGGUGGAUACAGUUCGAUCCAGAAAAUCGCAGCAAGUACUUUGAAGAUAUGUUCUCUGUUCUGGAUUUGUCCCGAAUGUCUUUGCAGUUCCUCACAGACAUUUUGCAACGAUGUAAGUAUGUCAUGUCGUCAGAAAAGUGUUUGAAGAGAACUUUCGAAGUCGUGCAGAUAAUACGGGACGGAGAUGUGGAUAUGUCUGACAAGACCGAUGCUUUUGUUUUCUCGGGGAGUUUGAAUUCUUACAAGAAUGACCGCAGCGUGUACUUGUACGCUAUAAAGUCAAAAUGUUGGGUAAAGCUACCAACACUGUCUGAUGCAGCUAACUUUUCAGAUGCUCAUUGCAUACUUAAUUGUAAAGGAGAUGGAGUUUUUUUAAUAAGUAAACUGCCAGAAAUGAAAAAUCCUAAGGGUUGCGCAUACGUUUCUACGGUCUGCAGCAGCACGUUCCGCCGUUACUCCACCAACGGGUUCACGUCAUACAACGUCACUCCCGUCGCCGCUCACGAGCUAGGACACGCGUGGAUAAGGCCGCGAUAUCUCAUACGGGAAGAUUAUACGCUUCGACUUGAGGAAGAUCCUCAGAUUCGAUACAAAUAG